AUGUUCGGCCGAAGAACCGAUCAAGGGCCUCCGCUCACCAAGAUCUCAUCCAAGACUGGCAAGGGAAGAAGUGCGUCAUUCAGCAAGAGCAGUUCUGGAGUAUCGAAAAGCCGGCACGAGAGUCGUCCCAGACGCCCGACAGUAUCUUCCAUCAACCCAGUUCAAUCUCCCAGCGGCUCCCUCUCACCAUCCAUCAUUACUCUAAUUGUCGGAAAAGAGCAACGCAUAUUCGCUGCCCACGAAGAUAUCCUGCACGCCUCGCCUUGGUUUCAAAAGACUCUGUCGUCCAUGUUCAUGGACACGGCUUCCUCCAGCAGCAGAAGAGUUUAUCUCCCAGAUGAGGAGCCGGAAAUCUUUAGCUCAAUCCUCGAGUACAUGUACAAGGGUGACUACUACCCGCGCCUGAUCCACAACAAGAAGAGAAACUCGUGGGAAAUCGAACAACCCGACGAGGGACGCAAUGCGCUCGAGGCGACCAUCUACCACCACGCUACCGACGGCGAUAUCCUCAAAGAUACCGUCAUUUACUGUGCCGCUGAGAAGUUUGGCUUGGAGGAGCUCAAGAAAGUGGCUCUGAGGAAGCAAGGUCUGCAAUCUGGUAUCCAGUGCAGCACCAUCUUGGCAUCCGCCCGCUACGCCUAUGCAAACACACCCGAUACCGACUCGAAACUCCGUGCCCAUUACCUCGCUCUCAUCAUUCGCAGCCGCAGCACCUUUAAGCGCAGUGGAACCAUGCAGCUUGAGAUGCUCAACGGUGGAACUCAGCUCUUUUUUGAUCUCUUCGUGGCCUUGAGCAACCACGUCGACGACAUCUCCAGCUCCCAAAACACCCCUCGGAGCAACCGACACUUGUUCUAA